AUGCAGUCCAUUUGUUUUGUAUUACUGUUGUUGGUAAAAAUAGCAGUAGGGAAAUUAGACACGGAUGCAUUGGUGGAGAUAAAAAAGGGAAUUCAGAAGGACCCUUUAGGGAAAGUUCUUGAUUCAUGGGAUCCCAAGUCAUUGGCAUCUGACGGUUGCCCCAAGGAUUGGUUUGGUAUAAGUUGCAUUGACGGCCAGGUGAUUUCAAUCACACUGAAUGAUUUAGGUCUGGUUGGAGAAUUUAGUUUCACUGCUAUUUCCGGACUCCAAAUGCUUCGCAACUUAUCCAUUUCUAACAAUCAAUUCAGCGGCAUUAUCUCAAAAGAGGUCGGUUUAAUUGAAUCAUUGGCAAGUUUUGAUCUUUCUCGAAAUUUGUUUACUGGAUCAAUCCCCUCUCAAUUAACCAGUUUAAAGAACUUGGUGCUCUUAAAUCUUUCAUCAAACAACUUGGCUGGAGAAAUUCCCUCUGGUUUUACUGGAUUUGAGCUGUUAAAGCAUCUGGAUUUGCACUCUAAUGAUUUUUCAGGAAAUGUCAUGGACCUUUUGGCUCAAUUGGGUGGUGUGAUGUAUGUUGACCUAAGCAGCAAUAAUUUUUGGGGAUCCUUGGACCUUGGAAUUGGGACUUCAGAUUUUGUUUCUUCGAUUCAGUAUUUAAAUAUCAGUCAUAAUAACUUGACUGGAGAGCUCUUCCCUCAUGAUGGAAUGCCAUAUUUCGACAGUCUAGAGGUGUUUGAUGCAAGUAAUAAUCAUUUUGUUGGAAAUGUUCCUUCGUUUACUUUUAUUGUCUCCCUCCGAGUUAUCAAGCUUAGCAACAAUCAGUUGUCUGGAUCACUGCCACAAGGUCUUUUGCAGGACAGCUCAAUGGUCUUGUCUGAAUUAGAUCUCAGCCUUAAUCAGAUUGAAGGUCCUGUAGGAAGUAUUACUUCUGGGAAUCUGAAGAAUCUAAAUUUGUCUUGUAACAGGCUAUCAGGUCCAUUGCCUGCCAGAGUAGGGCAUUGUUCUGUCAUAGAUCUGAGUAAUAAUAUGUUCACGGGAAACUUCUCCAAAAUUCGGAGUUGGGGAAAUUAUGUUGAGGUUAUUGCAUUAAGCUCUAAUGCAUUGACAGGGGCAUUGCCGAACCAAACGACUCAAUUCUUGAGGCUUACUUCAUUAAAGAUUUCCAACAACUCGCUGGAAGGUGUUAUCCCGCCUAUUCUAGGAACAUAUCCAGAAUUAAAAGACAUUGAUUUUAGCCUUAAUCAACUUAAUGGUUUCCUCCUUCCUAGCCUUUUUAACUCAACAAAAUUGACCACUAUUAACCUUUCUUUCAACAACUUCACUGGCACAAUUCCAAUUCAGGCUCUUAUCAACCAAAAUUACAGCCUGGAAUCUCUUGAUCUGUCACAUAAUGCACUUACAGGAAAUUUGUCCCCCGAGCUUGGUAAGUUUCAGAAUAUGGUACAUCUUGACUUAUCUAACAACCAUCUUGAAGGUGACAUCCCUGAUGAUCUCCCGGGCACACUGAGAGGAUUUAAUGUAUCUUACAAUAAUCUCUCUGGAGUUGUGCCAAAAAACUUGGAGAGGUUUCCCGGUUCAGCAUUUCAUCCUGGAAAUUCCUUGCUCAUGCUCCAGAAUGAAGCAUCGUCACCAAAAAUUGGACCCAAUCUAAGUUUUGGGAGGCAUCGUUCUCGAACGAAAUCUGCUAUCAGGGCUGCCCUUAUUGCUUGCCUGGUUGCUGGUGCUUCUGUUAUAGCUUUAUUGACGUUGAUGAUCUACUGCAGAACCCAUCGAGCACGUGGAGAGAGGACAACCUCAAAAGACACCAGUGUAAAGAAAGAUUUAUCUUCAUCACAAAUCGAAUCUGGUUCUCAUCCUCAAGCCAUCUCAUCAGCUAUACGUGGAUCCAAAGAUCAAAACCUUCCUGAAUCAACUAGUAAAUCUGCGAUGUCAGCUGCUGACUCAUCUCCUUCAAAGAUUCAGCAUCUAUCUGAAAAUCCCAGUACGCUCAAGGUUUGUUCUCCAGAUAAACUGGCUGGAGAUCUACAUCUUUUUGAUGACUCCUUGAGAUUCACUGCAGAAGAGUUAUCAUCUGCACCUGCAGAAGUUAUUGGUAUGAGUUGCCAUGGAACAUUGUACAAGGCUGUGCUUGGUUCAGGUCAUGAGUUGGCUGUAAGAUGGCUAAAACAAGGGAUAGCAAAAGGUAGAAAUGAAUUUGCGAGAGAAGCAAAGAAACUAGGAAAUAUUAGACAUCCAAAUUUGGUUUCCCUUCAGGGUUUCUAUUGGGGUCCCGAAGAGCAUGAGAAGCUAAUCAUAUCUAAUUAUAUUAAUGCUCCAUGUCUGGCACUCUAUCUUCACGAGACAGAUCCCAGAACACUCCCUCCAUUGUCUCUCAAUGAAAGGCUCAAAAUCGCUCUUGAUGUCGCUCGAUGUCUUAGUUACCUACAUAACGAAAGUGCCAUACCUCAUGGCAACCUGAAAUCCACUAACAUUUUAAUUGAAAUUUCUAAUGUAAACGCACUUCUGACUGAUUAUAGUCUCCAUCGGUUAUUGACAUCAACUGGGACAGCUGAACAGGUGUUAAACGCAGGUGCUCUUGGCUACAUGCCACCUGAAUUCACUAGUACAAGUAAACCAUGCCCGUCAUUAAAGAGUGAUGUAUAUGCUUUUGGGGUUAUUCUGCUUGAGCUCUUGACGGGAAAGAAUUCUGCGGAAAUUGUUCCUUGUGAGCCAGAAGUGAUGGACCUAACAGAAUGGGCGAGGCUUUUGGCUGCAGAGAACCGGUCAGUUAAGUGUUUUGAUCAACAGAUCGUAGAAACAAGAAACACGGAGCACCCGCUGAAAAUUCUUGACACACUGCUUCAGAUUGCUCUAAAAUGUAUCCUUCCAGCAGCAGAAAGGCCUGACAUGAAGAUGGUUUACGAAGAUCUUUCCUCUAUAGGACGAUAA